AUGGAAAUGGCGAUUAUCAUCAGGUCGGUGGCAGUUUAUCUUGCAAUUCUGGUGAUCAUUGCGUUGGGUCACGGCCUUCCCGACGAUCAAAGCCCCGGAGCUGUACUCAAUUGGUUCAAGCAAUUUCCUCAAGCAAAACCCAAAUUGACCAAGUUUCAUUUCUAUCUUCACAACAUUGUCAGCAAGAGUCCUCCGGCAAGCACCCCAGUUGCUCGGGCCGCCAUCACCGCCUCAAUGCCGGAAACAAGUUUCGGGUUAGUCAACGUAAUCGAUGCUCCGUUAACAGAGAAACCGGAUUCUAAAUCGAAGCUUGUCGGUUACUGUCAAGGGCUGUUUGCUUUUUCCUCACAGGAGGAAAGGAGUACGAUUAUGACCCUUAAUUUCGUUUUCACCGGCGGGGAGUAUAACGGCAGCACUCUCAGUGUUUUGGGCCGUAACCAUGUGACCGCAAAAUACAGGGAAUUUCCAAUCAUCGGCGGAUCCGGUGAUUUCCGGCUGGCACAUGGGAUCGGAACGGCGAGUACUUACUUCCUUAAUAAGACUACAGGGGAUGAUAUUCUUGAAAUGAGCUUCGUUUUCUACCGUUACAUUAUUCCUUCCGGCCACUCUGAGGGUUCGAUUCCCACCAGAGAUUAUAGGGGAUUCUACCCACAUUUAAUUUUGGUCGCCAUGAUUCAAUUAGGCCAUGGCCUUCCUGAUGACCAAAGCCCGGAAGCCGUCGAAAAAUGGUUGAAACAAUUUCCUCAGGCAAAACGCAAAUUGACAAAGAUUCAUUUCUUUCUUCACAACAACCUCACCAAGGACCCUCCGACCACCGUCACGGUUGCUCAGGCCAACAGCACCGCCACUUCACCGACAAGAUUUGGCUUGGUCAGCAUCAUAGACGGCCCGCUGACUGAACAGCCAGAUUCAGAACAAACUAUUGGUUAUUCUCAGGGGUCUUUUUCAUUUACCUCACUAGAAGAAAGAAGUUCCCUUUUGGUUAGUAAUCUUGUUUUCGUUGCCGGGAAGUAUAAUGGCAGCACUCUCAGCCUCUUGGGGCGUAAUCCGGUGGAUGCAAAGUACAGGGAGUGUCCGAUCGUAGGCGGCUCCGGCGAUUUCCGGAUGGCUCAUGGGAUCACCACAAUCAGCACUUACUUUCAAAAUUCAACUUCAGGGAAUACCAUUCUUGAAAUGAAUUGCAUCUUUUAUCGUUAUGUUACUGAUGAUGAAUGA